CCGUUAAAGCGUCAGCCAAAAAAGCUUUCUCUCAGAGAAUACUACUGCAAGAAACCGUUAAAGCAAGAAUAAGAUGGCAAACCUACCGUUACUUUUGAGCCUCGCCGACGAUCUGGGUCGCUUGUCGAUGGUACCCUUCUACGAGCCCUACUACUGCCAGCGCCGCCGGGGCAAUCCCUACCUGUCCCUGGCUGGACCCAUAGAGCAGCAGCUGCGCCAGCUGGAGAAGCAGAUGGGCGCCGGAGGACCCUCGGGAGCCAUGCCGAAUGUGGGCAAGGACGGCUUCCAGGUUUCCAUGGACGUGGCCCACUUCAAGCCUAGCGAACUGAGCGUCAAGGUGCAGGAUAACUCUGUCCUGGUAGAGGGAAAACACGAGGAGCGCGAGGACGAUCAUGGCUUCAUCACACGCCACUUUGUCCGGCGCUAUGCUCUGCCCGAAGGAUACGACGCCGAGAAGGUGGCCUCCACCCUGUCCUCGGACGGCGUGCUCACCGUGAGCAUCCCCAAGCCGCCGGCCAUCGAGGACAAGGGCGCCGAGCGGGUUGUCCAGAUCCAGCAGGUGGGACCCGCCCACCUCAACAUCAAGCAGAAUGAGCAGCUGGAGCAGGACAACGGCACUGACAAAUAAGAGGAGCCAUUGAAACCAUCCUAGAUUUAAUCACAAUCAAAGACCAUAAUCUGUUUUAUACGUUGUAGUUAUCCUUGGACACUCGCACUAGUUAUGAGUGUCCUUCAGUAAUGUAAUCUUAGUUUUAAACAAAAUGACUGUAAUUUGCGUUGGAUUCCUAACACUACCAAUACAAUAUACCACAAAUAUAUAUACCCUUAAAAUAUA